AUGACUUCAGCCGACCUUCACACCGCGCUUUUACGCCCGGCAGUCCUCCAGAUCCUGCGCGCCGCUGGCUUCAGCUCCGCGCGACCUGUUGUGAUCGAUACCGUCACGGAUCUCGCAGCUCGCUACCUCCUCUUACUAGCGUCAUCGACCGCUCAAAACGCGUUCAAUACGCACAACACCUUCACGCCGACUAUUCAGGAUGUGAGACUUGCGCUGACCCAGGCCGGGGCGUUGACGCCGCAGAUGAACACCGUGGAGGAGAGCUUGAGAGGCGAUGUGGAGAUUGUGGAGGGAGUGUGGGUUCCGUUCGAGGAUUUACGAGGAGUCGAGGGGUUCGUGAACUGGGCGUAUGCACCAGUCAAUAAGGAGAUUAGGAGGAUCGCUGGCUUUGGUGAUGAUGUGAACGUAGAGGAGAUUGCAGCAGGCUUGGACGAGCAAGAGGAUUAUGUUUCUGCGUUGAAGAAGCGCCACAGCAAAACCGGCGAAGAAGUUCGCUAUCAGGGCACCGUUCUCGGCAAGGAUACAGAAUUGCAAACCGUGUCAAUCGUGGGCGGCCCUGCUGCUUCGAUUGCAGAAUGGGCGCAAAAGUCUUUGGCCAGUAGGCGAACUUCUUCCAACCUGCGCCCUGGACAGGAAGAGGGUGCCACCCCAGCGACAUCUGGCAUCAGCAGUGCACCACUCACUCCGAUUGAGUCCGAAUGA